UCGGAGCGGCAGCGGAUCCUCCCGCACGCCAGGGGGCGCUCUGGCGCGGCGGCGGCGGCGCUUCCGUCGCGGGCGGCGGGCGGGCGAUGGCGGCGCAGUUCCGCAGCUACGUGUGGGACCCCGCGCUGAUCGUGGCGCAGAUGGUGCUGCUGCAGGCGGGAUACUACAGCUCGCUCGGGCUCUGGCUCGCCCUCCUCGGCACCCUGGGCAGCACCGGGCCCUCCCUCCAACAGGUCUUCAGCGACGAGAUUUUAGGCUUCUCAACCCCGCCGGGGAGGCUCUCCAUGAUGGCCUUCAUCCUCAAUGCACUCACCUGUGCUCUGGGCUUGCUGUACUUCAUCCGGCGAGGGAAGCAGUGCCUGGAUUUCACCGUCACCGUUCACUUCUUCCACCUCCUGGGCUGCUGGAUCUACAACUCGCGCUUCCCCUCGACGCUGACGUGGUGGCUGGUGCACAUCGUGUGCACGGCGCUGAUGGCAGCCAUCGGGGAGUACCUGUGCAUGAGGAUAGAGCUCCGGGAGAUCCCCCUCAACUCCGCCCCCAAAUCCAAUGUAUAGACUGGCCUGGCAGCAGCACGCUGCGUUAGUCAUUGUUCCCAGCACAAUGCGUCCAAUGCCUCAGAAUCAUCCCUGAAGAAGCACAGCAGGUCUGUUUAGACUUUAUGAAUUUUUUUGAGUUUUUUUGAUUAUUUUUUUUUGGACCUCGGUGACUGCAUGAGUGUGAGCAUCUCCUCUGGCAUCAGCUGACAACGGGGGAGGAGCAGAUGUUUAUUUUGUUAACACAAAGAAUUAAUAUGACUGUAUGGAGAGUGUGCCCUUAACUCUUCACUCAUGAGACUGUGAAAAGCCAGGUAGCAAAACUUGGUGCGUGAGGAGCAUUUGGAAUUUAACGAUGUGGGAAUACCCUGAAUGGGUAACACAGUGGUCAGCUCUUCUUGGCAGAGCUGGCACAGUGAGCAGUGGGGCUGGGAGCUGCUGCUUCCAAUCUGUGACUUGUUUGGGCUUUGCUUGGGAAAAGAGUCAAGGAAGUGAAUGGAUGGGGAGAAAGAAAAUAGUUGUACUUACCUGAAUCACCAGCUGAGACACUAAAUAACCUGUAAUGUUAGAUGGGUUUGUUUGCUGUUUCCAUGUUUGAUACAUAGAGGUGACAGACAGCAGUUUGCUGAAGAAAUCUUUUGUAAUAAUAAAAAUAUAAUGCUGCUGUGAGUGUUACGGCUCUCCUGGGAAACUGAACACUUCAAGAAGUACCACAAGUGUCUGUAUCAUGGCAACAGAAGGAUGCAGCCAGAGAACACUUGGCUGUGAGGUGCCCCUGUCUGGGACACAUGAAAUUUCUUACAAUAAACAUUUCAUACCUCUACUCUGAAA